GAUGGUCUCGAAUUUCAGUCGUCGUAGCUGUGGCAAGGCACUAUUUCACAUAAAAGCCAUCACACCUCAACUAUUUAAUGAGCCUCGGCAAAUGUCUAACCACCUUUCAGAGCGGACCACCUUGAGUGUUGACUCCAAUUUUAUUCAUCACAAAUAUAAACUUUACAAUUUGUCGGCCUGCUCUUUUUACGUGAGAAAAGUGCAGCUGCCCUCUGCGCUGUUAUUUGUUAUUUUUCUUGCUUUAUAGGCUAAGUCUCAAAAUAUAACCAACAGAGUCACAGCUGAGGCUCUUAGCAGAGUUUGGGUAUUACUUGGUAUUAUUUGAUAGAAGAGAAGAUGGGAAUAAAACGCCAGCAGUUGCAGAAAAUUGCAACCCAGUGGACCAGCAGAUAUCACACUUAUAUGAUAUUGCCCAGUAGACAGAAAGAUAUCGCUAUAUAGAAGGCAUUCUUCUAAAAAUAAUGGACCACCAGUCUGUUUUCAACCAACGACUAUGAAAGUUAUUCUCUGCAAUCUAUUUCUCCAUAUGGUUCCAGUGUAUUAAAAGACUCUCCUCUCCUCUUCACACUAGUUCUCUGAAAUAGUUAGAUUUUAUGUUGGCAUUUCACUGCUACCACUGUUGUUGUAGUAGUCAGUCAUUUGAAAUAUGAUUUCUUUUGAUAAAACCCCGGUCUCCUCAGAAACCUGCCAUUCUGUUAUGCAAUCGUACCCUAAUCAGUCAUCUAAUAUUCCAGAAACAGCUAUGUACUCCCCUUCAUUUGCACUGCCUAAUGACAUGGGGUCUCGUUUACAGUAUACCAAGCCUGCUGCCACCUUACCAAACAAUUCUAUACAAGAACAGGCCCCUUACUUAUAUUCAAGUUUUCAACAACAGACUACAAUUCAAUAUCCAACCACUAAUAACUCGCUAGUUGAUAAUAGCAAUCUUGCUGUGCUACACCAACCAACGAGAUCAGAACUACCAGUUUCAAAUAACAAUCUGAUAAAUGUAUAUUCAAAUAGUGUUUCUCAGUCGUUUUAUAACCAGACAUUACAGAGUGAAGAAAGUGUUAAUAUAAUGCGUGCUAGGCCUUCAGAUGGAUUAUUAAAAGAGUCACCUCCCAAGGACCGGAUUUAUGAACACAUACCCCAUGCACAUUCUAUUUCCAAAUCCCACAAAAAGAUAACAGAACUCAGUGAUGAAGAUCUGUCUUCACGAUUCCCAUCCAGCCCUCUGAUCAGUUCCAAAAUUAAGCCCUCAUCUUUAACUUUAUAUUCUAGUAUUUGCAAGUCGUUGUCGUCAUCAUCGUCGUCAUCAUCUGUUGAAAACAAGAAGAGAAGGCGUUCACGCUCACGUUCUUCUUCACCGUCUUACUCACGAUCAAAGUCUCCUAGUUCCUACUCGAGAUCCAGAUCGUCAUCUAGAAGAAAGUCGAGAAGAUCUCGAUCUAAAAGCCCUUAUUCAAAAGGGAGAGGUCACUCGGACAAACCCCGAUACAGCUCUAGGUUGAAUGAGAAUGACAAGUCAUCAAAGAGAUCAUCACGAUCAAGGAGUCGAGAGAAGGACUACCAUAGGGAGACAUCCCAAAGUGAUAAAUACAGAGCAUCAAGUAGACAUAGGUCAUAUAACACAGACAGUAACCAUUCCUCGACAACAGAUAAAUCUGUCACAUCAAAAGACGAUCGAUUAGCUAUCGACAAAGUCAAGUUACAUAAUAUUGCGGUUGAGAAACUAAUCAAAUCUGGGACGGCCGCUAAAGAAGACAUUGCAUCAUUGCGAGCUGGUGGGAAAACUGUUGAAGAGUUAAUAAGUAAGUACAUAGGGGUGGUUUGUUGGGUGGAGCUUUCUACCCUAUCGUUCAAUUAGUUUAAUGUCUGUAAAAAUUCUGUUGUAUAUCCAGUACUAAGGUGAAGAUGCUGUGGUAUUUAUCCUUAUCGCUGUGAUAAUUCCCUUCUAAAGAUCCCGAUGAUGUACUUUUAUUUGUCUAGGGCAUCUCAGUGGGAGCUGUUUUUGCUUGUAUUGACAGCAGUGGUCAUUUUGGAUUGUCUGAAUAAUGUGAUGUCCUUUAGGAAAUGUUUCAGAGGAUUUCAGACAAUCUGGUCCCUUUCCCUUUGAGCCCAUCUUUUUGUGCAAUGAGAGAUUUAAGAUUGUUCAAGGGACAAACCACACUGAACUUCCCUUAGUGAUAGGCUCAACAUGUUGUCAGAGUCUGAGAGUUUGGGAAGGACUGGCCCUUACAAAUGGCUGAACCCUUUAGCAUUCAAUUUACUUUGAUUAAUUUAAAACAAUGUAAAUCAAUAAGCAUUACAUUUGACAAAGUAAUCACCAUCAUCAUCGUCAUCAUCAUCAGCAGACGUUAAACAAUGAUGAUUAUUUUGUCAAUGUAAUGCUUAUUACUCUCUUUACUCUUUUGCUUGUUUCAGUCAUUUGACUGCGGCCAUGCUGGAGCACCGCCUUUUAGUCAAGCAAAUCAACCCCAGGACUUAUUCUUUGUUAGCCUAGUAUUUAUUCUAUUGGUCUCUUAUGCCGAACUGCUAAGUUACGGGGACAAGUACCAGUUGAGCACUGGGGUCAAUGUAGUCAACUUAACCCUUUCCCCUGAACUUGCUGGCCUUGUGCCGAAAUUUGAAACCGACAUUUUGCUUUUAUUUCUGAUCUUGUUGUUG